UGUAAGUUUACUGUAAGAGGAUGUGCUAACCACGAGGCACAUCUGUAUUUGGUCUCGCUGUCUUGCACACAUGCAUGCUGGCGUUUUCAGUUUCUUUUCUUUCUGCAAAGCGCAGAGAAAAAUCAUUUCAUGCCUCCGGAUCUGGGGCUUUGCCAGUGAGGCUUUGGGACCCUAGCUCUGUAGAUAAGCCGUCAAAAAUUAAACACAGCAUCUUCUGAAGGUUCAAAACAAUGUAGUUUACAUAAUGAUAUUAGCAAUUUACUUAUUUAUAUAUAUAUAUUUAAUAAAAUUAGUUCUAAUUAUACGUGGAUGACCCAUAAUUUUGAAAGAGACUCUAUGACUACUAAAUUAAAGCUCAUGGGUUAGUGCUAGCAAGAUAUUUGAUGUGCUGCUGGUGACUUGGGAAGUGAGUGGAAGCAUAAAGAGCAAAAGUUACAGGUUAUGCUGAGCAAUUAAUUAAGGAGUGGGCCGUGUGGCCUACGACUGCAUGGCCGUGUCGCCUACGACCGCAUGACAAUAGCCCACACGCCCAUGUCUAAGAACCUCCUCCCCGUACAAAUAUCACAUGGUUUGCUUCACAAAAAAUGGCCAUACAAAAGAAUUGCUUGGUAAUUCAAAACGAUAUAUAUAUAUGAGCUUACCUCGCAUGCAAAAGAACACUAAUUUGACGCCCCAGCUGCCCAGAGACACAAAGAAAUAAAAAGAGAAAAAACAUGAGAAGCCCUAAAGAGGUGAUUAAAAUUGCAGCUAAAUGGCAAAAUGUGGCUUCUUCGAUGAGGAAGAUCAAAGUUCAAGUAGCGCAGAAGGGUCAUUUUGUCGUAUACAGCAAUGAUAAGAAGCGUUUUGUGGUGCCGUUGGAUUAUCUUAACCAUCGCAUCUUCAAAGAACUCUUCAAAAUGUCAGAGGAGGAAUUUGGAUUGCCAGGUAAAGGUCCAAUUACAUUCCCAUACGAUGCCGUUUUUGUAGAAUAUCUUAUUUCUUUGGUGAAACAACAUGCUUCAGAGGAUUCAUUUAUCACCAUGAUUGCUUAUCGUCGCCGUUCUUUCGAUCCACUGGAUCUCAGCAGCCAACUGAUUGCUCUUCUUAGCUUCUGAAAUCAAUCUGUCACUGUUAGGUUUCGUGACUCGGGCUGUUCAAUUUGGGGUACACAUUGGGCUUGUUCAGUAAUUAUUAUAUAUGACAUGCUAUUAAUAAAAAUAUCAGUAAUUAUUUAAUAAUGUA